GACAAAACAGACCUAUAACUACUGUGAGAGACUAGAUUCUAACAUCAUUCAUCGGAGUCAUCGAUAAUCUGUACCGUACAUCUAGUUCAUCAAACAGUUCCAUCUUUUAUCACAGGGGUUGACACUCAAGUCCAGCAGACACCAGCUCAGUCCAUCUAGUCAAGGUGUUCUACAGCCUUCCGGAAAUGCCGGACGCAUGUAUGUCACAAGACUGCUCCAGACGUUGCUCUUGCCAUGAACAUCGUGACUGUAGGACCAGAAGCACCUCACAUCACAACUACUGUGAUGAAUCAAAUUACGAGGAGGAGUCACGCACGAGAUGUGAGUCCCCAAGAUACAAAGUGAUGGGCAAGCGAGAAUUACAAGAGUCCUUCAUGAACGAAUGUAGCUGCUGCUGCAAAGCCAAACCGCCACCGGAACCGGAAAAACCUGGCUGCGAGAUACCGGAACCAUCGAGCGAAGAGGAAGAUCAGAUAGCCGUAGUCAGGGAGGACCCGUGCGAGGACGAAGGUGCUCGUAAGCUCGGGCUUUACGUCAAGAUGGCCAUCUUCUUGAUCAUGUUUGUGGCCCUGUCUUACCUCUUGUACAGGUUUCUCCAGUCGUACAGCAAGGCUCACGAAAUCAUGAAUGUUAUGUUUCUGCUUCUGAUCACGCUCAUCCUAUUUGAGCCCAAACAUUUUAUACCCUCACUGGUCAUGAACAAUAUAUGUUAACUUUGGACAGAGCCCAAUUUUUUUGUUUGUUUACCCAAUAUUGUCAUCAACAUGUUCACUUUAGGCAGAGCCCAAAUAUUUUUGUACCCUAUAUGGUCAUGAACAAUAAGUUAACUUUAGGCAGAGCCCAAAUAUUGUUUCUCUAUUUGGUCAAGAACAUCAUAAGUUAACUUUAGGCAGAACCCAGAUAUUUUUUCUCUAUAUGGUCAAGUUCAUCAUAAGUUAACUACUAUAUCUGUUCAAGAACUCCAUACUCUAUCUGGUCAAGAAGAACAUAAAUAAACCUUAGGCAGACCCUAACUAAAUAGUCGGAAACCAAUAAGACAAUGUGUAUAUACCAUAGAAAACUGCCCUAUUAAAUACCGAAACUAGAAUCACAAAGGCUUCUUUUAUUUUUUUUUCAGCCAUCAUGGAGGAAAAUCAUAUUUUAUUUUUGUGUUGUCUGUCUGUCACAUUGGGAUAUUAAAAAUUUAAAGCACUAUUAAAAUUCUUAUUUCACAAUUGCCUUUCUUAUGGUCGAAUAGGUGUAGCUGAGAGCUUACCCUAUGGUUUUUAAAUGGCAAAUGUACAUUUAUAUUGUAUGCACAUACCACAUGUACAAUUUUGUACUAAAUGAAAAAGGUAUAGUGUCUAGUGUGAUCUUAACACUUAUAUGUGCCAAUUACAUAGUAAGUCCAAUUUGUCCAUAAGUAAAACAGCUAUGUAAUGUCUUCCGAAAGCAUGAUCUUUAGUUGUUUAAAGUGUGUACAGCGAAUAUAGGGCCUACACAUGUACAAGUUUUCUUUAUAACAAGAUGUAAAGGCAGUUUUUUUUUUUUUUUUUGACAGCUGCAGGAAUUAUCUUAUCUUGUAUAAUACAGACGUUACUUCAAAAAAGAUGAUUACGUCCUACGCGUCAUGCAUAAUAACCAAUGACUUAAAUUCUGCCAAGUCACUGGUUUUCCUGGCUAGCUCAGGCAACCCAUUCCAUGCUCUAAUAGCACUAGGGAAGAAGGAGUAUUUGUACAAAUUAGUCCUAGCAUAUGGGACGAGGAAUGUGCCUUUAUCUUUGUGUCUUUCAGAGUAUUUUAUUAAAUUUUGUUUUUGUAUUUGAAGAUUAUGGUUCAGUGUUUUAUGUAUUAUUGCUACUUUACUUUUGAGCCUUCUGUCCUGAAGGCUUUCUAAAUUUAGUGAUUUUACUAAAGGUGUUACUCUAGUCAAAUGUGAAUAUUCGUUUGUUAUGAAUCGCACUGCUCUAUUUUGUGUCUGUUCUAGUUUCUUAAUGUUUUCUUGAGUUGAGGGGUCCCAAACAGAGGAUGCAUAUUCUAUUAUUGGCCUAACCAAGGUUAAAUAACAUUUUAGUUUUAUGUUCUUAUUUGAUUUAUAGAAAUUUCUUUUAAUAAAUCCUAAUGCUUUGUUUGAUUUUUUUGUAGUUUCAUCAAUAUGUGGAUUCCAUGACAGUUUUUCAUUUAUUAUAACACCUAGGUAUUUUGCGUUUUUAGUCUGUGUUACUGGUUUGCCAUGAAUAAGAUAAGUGGAAUUAAUUUGUUUUAGUUUUUUUGUUACUCUUAACAACUGACAUUUUUCUGGGUGGAAAGACAUGCUCCAAUUUGAUUCCCAUUUCUGUAAUUCAUCUAAUUCUCUUUGUAAAAUAUCUGUGUCUUGUGUUGUUUUUAUUGUUCUAUAUAUUAUGCAAUCGUCUGCAAAUAAUCUGACUUUUGUUCCUGAAGUAAUGCAAUUUGGUAAAUCAUUUAUGUAAAUUAAAAAUAGUAGUGGACCCAAGACUGUUCCUUGAGGUACACCUGAGUUACUGUUAUCGGUGUUGAUUUAGAACCAUUUAUUAUUACAGAAUAUUUAGAACUCCAAAAUUGUACGAAAGAUGUUUUUAAAAAAAAGUCAAAAUUUCUCCUAAGUCUGUUAUUAAUGAUAAUUAUGGUAUGUCUGUUGGCAGACUGUUAUGAAUAUGAUACAAGUUUCAAGCUCUAGAUCAAGCAAUUAAAAAUAAGCAGUGGUGUAGAUGAACAAGCUUUGAGAAACAAGAGUGUAGUUAUUUCCCCUAGAAAUACUGAAGAGUGUAUGUUACUUAGUAAUAUGUUGUGUCAGAUAUGAAGUCAAAAAAAUUUUGUGGCUAGAUAAAAUAACAUUAAGCAAUUAUGAAUGCAUGAUUUUUAUAAUUUAUUUGUAUCAUAGAUUCAUUAGUAUCCUUUGAAAAACACAUGUUUAGCUUUCCGACACAGUAAGAUUCAACAAUUUAUACAACCAAUUAUGAGGUAUGUACAGAAAUAAUCAAUAGCUCUACAACCAAAGAUAAAAAAACGAACAUACAAGUUAGAAAAAAAAAAGAAAAUUAAAAAAAAAACAAAAAAACAA